UGAUAUAUGUCUUGCUCUUGGUAGCAUCGAUCUUAUUUGUGCUGUGGUGGCAACACUGUAGAGUGUAAGAUUUGGAGUGAAGUUUAUUUCACGCCUUUUUCUGUUGGCUGUUGUGGGAAUGGAUAAAAGUACGGAGACGUUUGCGGGCCAUGACGCCUUGUGCGUGGAUGAUCCGAUCCAGUUCGGAGUGAGUGCCGCUCAGAGGCUGUUGAGGGGAAAGCGUGUGGUCAUCAUGGGCUGCAGUGUGCAGAGGGAUCUGUACAAGGAUUUAGUGCUGCUGCUGCAGGAGCAGCGGUACUUGUCCAAAUACGAGAAUAGGGUCAAGGGUUCCAGAACUGUAGUGAACGACACACUGCUCAAAGGGGGUAUUUUGGAGGAGCUUAAGAACGACCCCUCGUACCGAGAAGUGCGGGAGUAUCGCCAGGGAGAGUUCCAUAUCCGCUUCUACUUUAUCACCAGGGCCUACAAUCCAAUCGUCCUGGGGUUUGUGCGCAACAUAUACGCUGAAUUCGACCCAGACAUUUUCCUGUUCAACUCGGCAAUCUGGGAUGUGAACAGAAAUGGGCCUCCUUUUGAUCACUCUGCGUACGAGCAGAAUGUGCGCUACAUCUGCCAAGUGCUGGUGCUUCUCUUCUCGCAGCACUGCAGACUCAUCUGGCUGCACCAGCCCCCAGUCACUCCCAAAUGUGCAACUGGACGAAUAGUGCUGCAGGCCAACCAGGACGUGUUGAAGUCGAAUGUUUUGCGGUGGAUGUACGAGGCUGUCUGCAUUGCAGAGAACAUUACUAAGCAAUACGGAUUCGAAACUAUUGACCUUUACCAUCUCAUGAAGCACAGGUCAAGCUGGAUUGCCAAGGACGGUGUGCACUGGGCCUCUGAAGGCUACAGGUGCAUGUCUCUGCUCGUGUUCCACAAGCUCAGUGCCAUGUACAAUAUUCCACUGCCAGAAGAGAGCGUGCAGUAUGCAUAUCCCUCCGAGCUGAGUCAGGAGGAACUAAACAAGGUGUUUGACGAAGAUGACAACGACAUCAGGUAUCUCUAUGCUUCCAAAGUGGAGUCGUUGACAGUGUUCGGGGAUGGAGACAGUAAAGAUGGUGGCCUGGACGAGGGGGGAGGUGGCAGUGUGAAGCCCUUGAUCCAGCUGCUGGACCAACAUAAUUUCAAAAAAGUAGUGGAGAGAAACGGACUGAAGGAUGCGGUCGUAUGUGAAGAGGAGAUUGACGGAUCAUUCCGCACUGCUGACGAGGUUCAACAAUAUGAAGAAGAGAAGCAACGUCAGAGAGAGGAGCAAGACAACCCGGCAGUGCUUGGCAACCGGGUGCAGCAGCAGCGCCUACGAAACUUCUUCACAUCGAAUCUCUCCAGCUGCCAGAUCAAAGUUACGGUAGCCCCUAAGGCCAGACUAGAAUCAUUUUUUCAGAAGGCAUCCUCUACAAAUGAUUCCACAGCCACCGGCUCUAGUCAAUCUAAUUCUGAUCGGGCGCAAACUAGUGGAGGCGGUGUCUCUUUUAUCCAGGCAGGAUCUCAAAGUGGUAUGAAGCCGAAACGGCCUUCUUUCAUCCAGAGUCCAGAGGAAAUGGAGGAGCAACGAAGGCAUAAGGAGCAGCAGCGACCAUCUGUGAACAGAUCAGAGGACUUUGAGGAGGAUGCGCAGCAAAGUAAACUGACGUUUCUCAACCAAUUCAACUCGCAGUUGACUAGUGAUAGAACUACCUCAAGUGUUGCUGCUGAACAGAGAUUGAAUUUGAAACAGCGUCCUCUGUCUUUCGAAGAAGUCGAUGCGAUUGAAGCUACUGCCACUAAAGUCUGUAAAGUGAACAGACUGCAACAGAUGUUUGGAUGACUCCAAUUUGCAUGGAACGAGAAAAUAUCCCGAGGUUGAACAAUCUCAGCCAAGCGAUGUUGAUGGGACGUGCGAUACAGGACCAUGAACCUAAAAGCGGUGUGUUAGGUCCCCCGUCGAAGCUGCCAUUUUGUUUUAUUCAAAAGAGGUCACAAGCAAAUUGGAGUUCGUAUAAGGAACUUUGAAACAGUAACUCAAAAUAAAAUAUAUUUUCAAUGUAUUUCCUAUUUUGCAACGGAAUU